AUGCCUGCUCCAGGCGUGCCGUUCCAACCUUAUGCCGACGUCCACGAGGACCCGCAAGGGGCCGGUGACGGUCGCCCGACUGCUCUGCAAGUGACCAAGGACUGCGGCAUGAUGGGUAAGCUUGCAGGCAAGGUGGCAGUCAUUACGGGCGCUUCAGCCGGUAUUGGCAUCGAAACGGCACGAGCACUUUAUGAGGCUGGAGCAGAGCUAAUCCUCCCCGCUCGCGGCCCUGAAAAGAUUCGAAAGGUCAUAGACGACAUCCAAGCGAAUGCUCAGUACAACAAAUCAGGAUUACGUCCAGAAGCUGUUGAGAUGGAUCUUAGCUCCCUCGAAAGCGUUCGCAAUGGCGCAGAAGCCAUUAAGGCUAAGACUGACAAGGUCAACAUCCUGAUCUUGAAUGCUGGCAUUAUGGCAGUACCAUACGGCAAGACAGCAGAUGGCUUCGAAACGCACAUGGGCGUCAACCAUUUCGCCGAGUUCCUGCUUUUCCAGGAGCUCAAGGCUCAGCUCGCCAAAGCCGCCAAAGACUCUGGUACUUGCUCUCGCGUGAUCGUUGUCUCAUCGGCCGGACACCGCAACAGCGGGAUAAGAUUCGAUGAUAUGCACUGGGACAAGGACCCUAGCAGCUACAAUGCCUUUCUCGGAUACGGCCAGUCGAAGACUGCGAAUGUAUACCUAGCCAAUAGCAUCACGCGCCACUGUGCGGCCCAAAACAUACUGGCCUGGUCCGUCCACCCAGGUGCCAUUCUUACAACAGAGCUCACGCGGCACAUGACGCCUCAGCAGUGGGAGAGCUUCGGUGAUCUUUCCGUCUUUCGACCUAUCGCGAAAAGUAUGGAGCAGGGAGCCGCAACGCAAGUUUGGGCUGCGGUGGCGCCGUACUUCGAAAAGCAGAAUGGCGGACGGUACUUGGCUGACGUGGGUGAGUCCGGUCCGCAAACGCCCGACACGAGUCGAGGCGGCCCUGAGUACGCGCCACAUGCCUACAAUGAAGAGGCCGAGGAGCGUCUGUGGGCCCUUAGCUACGACGCGGUUGGUUUGACGAAGGAUUACUAG